AUGGAGGUGGUGGUGCGCACGGUGCCCGGCGUCCGGAGCUGCUUCGUCGCGCUCCCCCUCCCCGUCAUCCAAGCCCUCGAGCGCACCGCCGCCGGCGGCUCCCUCCCCGCGGUCCUCGCCCUCGAGCUGCACGGCCCCGACAGGGCGCGCUGGCGUCUCGCCUGGGCAGGCGCCGUCUCCGCCUCCGCCUCCCCAGAUGCCGUCGAGGUUUCCCAACAAUUUGCUGCAUGCAUUUCGCUACCUGACAAUACGAAAGCAUCACUGAGUGCUGUUUCUGUGUUGCCAAAAGCCAAAUUUGUAUCUGUGGAGCCAAUAAGUGAGGAGGACUGGGAAGUAUUGGAGCUUAACUCAGAGUUGGCAGAAGAGGCCAUUUUGAAACAGGUUGGUAUUGUUUAUGAUGGUAUGAAAUUUCCCUUAUGGUUGCACGGUGAUAAUGUAGUGGAAUUUCUUGUUAUUUCAGCAUCACCUAGUAACUCAAUAGGUUCAACUUGUUCCUGGAACUGA